CACAACCACAACCACAUCAUGCGACGAAGAGACACAAGCAAGCUGGAGUGAGCGCGCACACAUCGCGACAAUAUGGCCGACGAACAGCAGCUCAUCGCGCCCUUCCCGCUGCCGCCGCCAUUUUACGAGCACUUUACGAAGGACAAUCUCGAGCGACUCCGAGAGCUGCGCAAGGAACUAAAUAACGGCGAAAGCGAUGCGACGAACAAGGACAUCGACGUGCUCUCCCUCCCACCCGAGCUCCGCUACCUCAUUCCACCUCCACCGCCUGCGACAUCAAAAUUUACAGUCUUCGGGAAUGAAAUCGACCUCGAAGCACCAGAGCCCUCGCUGGAGGGCGCUGGAAUCGAUCAGCUGUAUCCAGACGACCCUUCAGUGAAGACCAAUCCUCAGCCACAUCUGAUCGCUCUAGCACGCUCACUGCUUACCACCUUCCUUGGUUUGCUGGGCAUAUUGGGGCAAGAUCCAACACUGUACGAGGAACGCAUCACAGAUCUGCAAGCCAUCGUCUUCAACAUGCACUCGCUCAUCAACCAAUACCGGCCACACCAAGCGAGAGAGAGUCUGAUCAUGCUUAUGGAAGACCGCGUGGAGAGGAUGCGAGCAGAGAUUCGUGGUAUUGAGGAAGGCAAGGAGAGAGUUGCAAAGCUACUUGAAGGCAUGCGACAAGGAGAGCACGCAUUCGCAAACGAGGACGACAUCAAGUUGGUCAAUGGACAAUCUAAGAAGAAGGAUCCAGAGGCAAAGCGAAAGGCCAGACAAAGGACUACGUGGGACAUGCUGGAGGCUGAAGUUGGUUGAAAGAAAGCCGCAGGCAGGUUCACUGCCACUGCCACAACGAAUACAGGAAUUGCACAGUGGCUGAGCUUUGUGCGAGCACUG